UUUUCCUUGGCGCUGCCCAUUUGACCGCACGUGUGGUUCUCUGCUCUGCAGUGCGCCUUGCCACGCUAUGGCCGUUGGUCCCAGGCUGGAGCGGGUGGUUGCCCAACUCACCGCUGGGCGCCAGGCUCGGGUUCGUGUGGCGACACAUCCUGACCGGGCUAUUCUGCACAUUGUGCUGCUGCCUGAGAUCAGCGCGGCCAUGCGGAACGGCAUCAUCACCCUCUGGCUGAAGUAUGUUGUGCAGCAUUUGCGCGAUCUUGAUCCCCCCGGGGCUGGUCAUGAGCCUUCUGAACAGUUCCCCUUCCGGCACGCGACUCCCCCAGCGCUGCAGGGUAGAUGGACGACGUCGGGUUUCGCCCUCGCCUCGCCCAUGCCAUUGAGCAGCGUCAAGGCCCGCUGCCACUGCACGCCCUUCUUGCAUGCGCUGAUCCCGGCGCUGUAGCUGUCUAGGGCUGACCCGUGGAUUCCGUCCACGACACCUUGCCAAAACGGUUUUCGGGGGAGCGGCGGACACGCUGCCGAAGGUCUAUCCACGUGGCGCGAGCCCGUUUUCCAGCAGCGCCCUGAGCUGGUUCUGCGGGGCGCCCCGCGGGCCUGCACAGGCUGUCGCGGCCGAGGAAUAGGGGGCCAGAGCUGUCAGAAUCGGUCCCUGGGCCCCCCCCUCACUGUCGAGGCGCGCCAGCGUUGUCUGCUGCGUCCACCCGUGGCGGCGAGGAGCCCUCCUGAAGGCGAACUGUCUGCGUGUGGACUCGGCCUCCGCCGAUGUCGUCUGGCCCGAGCCUGGGCAGAGGCUGGCACCCUCUCUGCGCCAAUCGCCUGGAUCGCCUCUCGGAAGCACGCCCAGAUCCUGUGCCACCCAAACACCUCGUGGCGAUGCGCCGCGCGAGGCCAAGGCCCAGUAACCUUCGCGCCCUUGUGCCCGCACCCUCGGAGACGGGCAGCGCCCCGCAUGCAGCCACGAGCCGUGUGAGGCCGAACUGGAGGAUAGAACCGCUGCGCGCCUUUCUCUGACACAAUAUCGGCGUCUCCU